GCCGGUAGGCAACUAGGAAAAAAAAAAUCCUUCUCUACAACUCUGCUAAACCCUUUGUCCCUGAAAUCUCCCUGCCCCCCACCUUCUAAAGAACCCUUGUCGUUGCCGGUUGGCCGCCUCCUCCGCCACUCUCUUCCCAUUCAAGCUCUGAAUCUAAGCUGGAAAUAUGGUAGAACAAACCGCAGAAAAAUCACGCCGAGAACGAAGAAAAGAAUCCCGUUUAGCGAAGAAUGCAUCUAAAUAUCAAUCCUGGCUUCAACACCACCAGAAAUCUGAAGCUAUAAAAAGAACUAACAAUCAAAUUCCUGAGUUAAAAUCUGAAACCAAAUUGGACCAACCAGUUAUUCCUAGUCUCAUUAAUGAAACACAAGUUGUGAAAAGGUCGAAAUCUUCCUCUAAUAAAAAAGAGGCAUCUGAAGAAUGUGCAUUGUCAGAAGAUGAAAUUGAUGCCCCUGUUGUGAGGAAAGUGAAGAAGGGUUCUCAGAAAAGUUCCAAGAAGAAAAACAGGGUUGAGAUGGGUUUGUCGGAUAUAUCGAUGGCUGCCCAGAUGGAUUUGGAAUUGGAAAGAAAACUAUCGAAAAAACUUAAGGUAAAAGAGGGAAAAUUGAGAGGGUUUGAUGAUGGAUUGAACAUGUUGUUUGAAGGAAUGCCGUCUGCUGAUGAUUUAUUCGGAGAUAUGGAGGGUUUUGAUAGUGAUGAAUUACCGAGUAGGAAGACGAAGAAGAGUUCGUCGAGUAAGAAGCGUAAGUUGUCGAAAGAAGAGAUGGAAACCGAGGGACCUGUGGAAGCUCGUAUUCAAGAUGCAGUAUUUGAAGAAGUUCCCGAUAGUGGAACUUCUAGGAAGAAGAAGAAGGAUAAGAAAAGAAAAUUGUCGAUUCAAGAGCAGGAAGAUGGUGCGGAGGAUUAUGCUGUUUGCAUAGAUAAGCCUGUGGAAUCGAGUGGAGCGGAUGUGACAUCGGGGGAUGUUGCUGCUGAUGUUUCUGAGAAGAAAGUGAUAGGAAAAUAUAUAGCGCCUCACUUGAGAGGUCGUGCUGGCAAUGAACCUGAAGAGCAUACUCAAAUUCGAAGACGUGUACGAGGCCUUCUUAACAGGAUUUCUGAAUCAAAUGUUGAGUCAAUUACUGGAGAAUUGUCCUUGAUCUUUCAGUCUGUUGCUCGUAGUGUUGCUUCACAGAUUAUGAUUGAGGAGACUUUAGCAUCCUGUUCUGGAGGCCCCCGUGGCAAUAAACAAUAUGCUGCUGUAUUUGCUGCGUUUGUUGCAGGGUUGGCCUGUACGGUUGGUAUUGACUUUGGUGCAAAGUUUAUGGCUUCCUUUGCCAAAUGCUUUGAGGAUGAGUAUCAUAAACAAGACAAUCUCUCCUUGCGGAAUAUUGCUCUUCUCUUAUCUUAUUUAUGCAUAUUUGGAGUUUGUUCUAGUGAUUUAAUAUUUGACUUUCUAAUCAUGCUGAGUAAGCGUUUGACUGAGGUGGAUGUCGCUAUUAUUUUGACUGUGUUGCAAAGUUGUGGGAUGAAAAUAAGGGCUGAUGACCCCGCUGCCAUGAAAACAUUCAUUGUUAAUGUUCAGGACACGUCAAAUAAGAUGAAGGCUUCCUCUGGAGAUGGUCCUGAAAAGAAUAACAGUAAAAGAAUGGAGUUCAUGCUUGAAACCAUAUAUGACAUCAAGAACAACAAGAAGAAGGCAGAAGAGGUUAACCCUCGAAUUAAAAAGUGGCUACAGAAGUUAAGAGUUGAUGAUAUUUCAAUUAGAGGGCUUACAUGGAGUAAGUUACUUGAUCCUGACAAGAAGGGCCAAUGGUGGUUGUCCGGAGAUAUGGUUUCAGCAACAGAUAAUGUUGAAGAAGUUGCCAACAAAAUAGACAAAGAUGUGGCUGAAACCCAACGAAUGUUGCAGCUUGCUGCUGCUCAAAGGAUGAACACAGAUUCCAGAAGGGCAAUCUUUUGUAUUAUAAUGUCUGGGGAGGACUAUAUUGAUGCAUUUGAAAAGCUUCUAAGAUUGGAACUACCUGGCAAGCAGGACAGAGAUAUAAUGCGGGUUCUUGUUGAGUGUUGCUUGCAAGAGAAAGUUUUUAACAAGUACUAUACAGUGCUGGCUUCCAAGUUGUGUGAGCAUGACAAAAAUCACAAGUUUACUCUACAGUUUUGCCUAUGGGACCACUUUAAGGAGCUGGAGUCUAUGGCUCUUUUGAGAUCAAUGCACCUAGCAAAGUUUGUGGCUGAAAUGGCUGCCUCUUUUACUCUCUCCCUUGCAGUUUUGAAAACUGUGGAUCUCAGUGAUAUCACCCAGCUAACCCCAAAAAGGAUUAUGCAUUUCCGCAUUCUGUUUGAGGCCAUUUUUGAAUAUCCUGAAACCGUGGUGUGGAAGAUAUUUACACGUAUAGCAGGGACCCCUGAACUUGAAGGUUUUAGACAAGGCAUUGAGUUUUUCAUUAAGGAGUACAUUGUGAAAGCAAAUAAAGCUGCAUCUCAAAAAUUUAAGUUGGUAAAAAGAGCCCUUAAUAACAUAGAAGGAGUCCUGAUGCAAGAGUAAAUUUUGGAGAAUACCAAGUUUUGGAGCUUCUUGUAUCAUUUUCUAUUUAUAUCAUUCUUAUGGAUGUCCUUUUGAGUUAUGACCAGUAGGAAUUGUACAAUUACUUUGGUAUAGGCCUUACAAGCAUUUUUGUAAUAGUAUUUUCUGCAUUCUAUCUCCUUUCAUAUAUUCUUCAAUGACAUGUACACCCUUUCUAUUAUUAUGUAUGUGAAAGAUGUUGAUCUAUUUAAUUUACA